ACCUUCCGAGGGGCGUGACGUUGCGGUCGGAGGUGGGCCGAGGCCGCACCAGAGGGAGUCGAACUCCAGUAAGGGCCAUGCUGAGCAGCGCGGUCCAGAGAACUGUAUCUGCGCUGGUGGGGAGGCAGCCGUUGGCGUGGCCUGUCGGGACCAAAGGGGUGCAUACAGCGGUGUCCCGGCCUAAGGCGGACAGUCCAGAGUCCGGUCCGCCCCCGGCCUUCGACGCGGCCUUGUUGGAUUUUCUGGUCUGCCCCCUUUCCAAAAAGUCUCUCAGGUAUGAAAUGUCAACAAAUGAACUGAUUAAUGAAGAACUGGGAAUUGCUUACCCAAUCAUUGAUGGCAUUCCUAAUAUGAUACCACAGGCAGCAAGAAUGAUACGCCAGAAUAAGCAACAAGAAGAAAAAGAACCAAAGUAG